GAAGUAGACAAAGACAACCUUUUUUCUCAAUUAAAACACACUCAGAAUCCCCGGUUACGGUUUAUUUGUUUUUAUUUUUUUAAUAGGAACAAACACAAUCGUCUUCUGGACCAUAACUGUGCUCGUCUACUGAGAUAAGUAACUACUUUCGACUUUAUUCUUUUAUAUUCUGCUUAAAACGUUUUACAUUUUUAUUUCAUUUUUCGGCCCUUUUAUCGUUUUGUGCGUCUUGAGCCGAUACGCCAGCCACUACGUAAACCCUUUAAAUUAAACAGAUGUAUGAGGUUUUUAAUAAUAAUUUAGUAAUAAUUCAUACAGUAAAUGAGACGUAUUUGAAAAACAUAUGUAAGAUAAAGCAGUAAGCAUUAAUUUAUAUAAGUGUAAAGUGAAAAACCGUCAUUUAGGCGAAUCGCUGUCCACACCUCCUCCAGUCGCGCGCACACACACAAACGCGUGCGAGUAGCAUCACUAUUGGGUGGUGCAAGACAGGCUAGUGCGCAUGUUUUCAUGUGUGUACUGUACGGUGUAACGGGGUAGGGCUUCAUCAGUGCAUGGGUUGAUGCUCAGCUGGAGGAAAGGCGACGAUUUAAUCAAUUAAAAAUAGAUAAAAGGCUGUACAUCGGACAUAUCGACAAAUCAGGCGGCAUCAUGAGCAAAGUGCAAGGUGGGAUGAAAUGUGUGAAAUAUCUCCUCUUCGUCUUCAACUUCAUCUUUUGGCUGUCAGGCCUGUUGGUGCUGGCGGUGGGAUUGUGGCUGAGGUUUGACCCAAACAUAGUGGACCUCCUGACGGGCAAUGACGCCCCCAACACCUUCUUCAUAGCUGUGUACAUCCUCCUCGGUGCAGGAGGGCUGAUGAUGCUGGUGGGUUUCUUUGGCUGCUUCGGGGCCGUGCGUGAGUCUCAGUGUCUUCUUACCUUGUUCUUUGCUUCCCUUCUGAUAAUCUUUGGAGCGGAGAUCACGGCUGGUGUGUUUGGAUUCAUGAACAAAGAACAGAUCACAGAAGAAAUCCAGAAGUUUUACAGCAGCGCCGUUGCUGAUGACAACUCUUUAAACGGCACUGAAAUCGCGAACCUUUACCACAAAGUUCUAAACUGUUGUGGUGGCACAACUUCAGACACGAGUCAGACGUUGUGUGAAGCUUUUCCAGAAGGAACCCCGGACUGUCUGACUGCAAUAUCUGAUUUCUUCAAUGAAAAGCUGUACAUCAUUGGAUACAUAGGGAUUGGGAUCGCUGGAGUAAUGAUCCUGGGCAUGAUCUUCAGUAUGGUCCUGUGCUGUGCCAUCAGGAACACCAGGGAGGUUAUAUAGAUGGUGCGUUGAUCUCCUCCACCGCCAAGCAACAACCACACCCCUACACGCUCACACGUCCCUUUUUUAUCAAUAUACCUGAAGGGAACCACCAAAGUUAUGUUCCGAUGGCAUUCCUUAUGGUCCGGACUGAAGAGGAGACCACAUUCAACACAAUACUCUGGAUAAUUAUCUUCGCCCCUUCCUCCUGAGUCCACCAGCACUCAAGCCCUGAUGUACUCCUCGCUCCUCUCCAUGACUAAAGUUUAGCUUUUAGCUCGACUCCGUGACAUUCCUCACUCUUAACAUGUUUCUGUCAGACCGCCGUUUCUCUGCAGAGGCUGCCGUGCCGCAUCGUAGCUACAACGUGUUACAUGAAGCCUUUUAUGACGCAGGAAUGUUGGGUUGGAGGAGUAUUGAUGUAAAUAGAGACAACUUGGCUCUUAACUCUUUGCAGUUUCUUGUUUUUUUUAGACCUAAUGCUCCUCACGUCUUAUGUGCUUAAGUGUUUUGAGGACUAGCCCGCCUUUUGCAGGGAGGAUUUCCAUGACGUGCCUACUUGACCGUUAUAGUCGCAGUCAAACCUCCAACUACUGAAAUAUUUAUCUGUUUCUUGUCAUUUUGAUGAGUGUGCUUCCUUCUGCCCCCCCACUAUCAAGUAUUUCUACUAUAAAGCACAAUAGAAGGUGUAUAGAUGUGAUGUAGGAUAUGGGGGUCUGGUGAUAAGCUGGCCUUUUUGUAAAUCUCCAAAUUUGUGUGAGAGGUUUUCGUGAACUUGUGGAGCUUUUCUCAAGCACGUUUAAACAGUAACAGUGAAGCUAGUUUGCAUUUUGUAUUGAGUUUUUGUGACUGUACAUUUAUUUGGUGUGCCAAUAAGAUGUAAAAUUUCCAAUAAUAUAGUUUUUUCAUACAGUUAACAACAAUAAACAAAUACUGGGUGCUUUUA